UAAAGGUGAGAGACAGAGAGGAUUAUCUGACUGAACAACAAACAAGAUUAUAUGGGAUUAAUAGAAGUGUGACUGGGUGGAUGUGAGUAAGAAUACUCAUCAAAUGUAUGGAACAACACUGUGAAGCCACAUCUUUGUUUUUAGAAACCAGUCUGUCAAACUUCAUUGUGUUUUUUUGCAGGUUAAUGUAGUUAGUUCUUUCUGAAACCGUUGGUUCUUUUCUGUUGGUUCUUUCUUUGGUGUUCUGGUCACUUGAACUGAUGUAAUCAAUGCAUGUCUGUUUUGUUUAAAUUCGUCCACUGAUAUCCCCCCUAGCAUCCCUUCAGGAUGGUAGAUUUAUUCUGCGAUCACGUUCUGGUGAAGAACAACAAAGACCAGGAUGAGCUGGACACCGAGCGGGAAAUCGUCCUGCGCCUGCAGAACCGAAUCCUCAUGCUCUUCUUCGCCUGUGCUGAAAGCGAGACCUGCCAGCAGUUUGCCCCCACGCUCCAUGACUUCUUCAAAAAGUUGACGGAUGAGUUUUACGUGGAGCGGUCCGCUCAGCUGGUUCUCCUGUACAUCAGUCUAGAUCAGUCAGAGGAGCAGCUUGAGAACUUCCUGAAGGAGCUCCCCAAGAAGUCUCUGUUCCUGGCUUACGACGACCCCUACAGGAGGGAGCUGGAGGCCAUGUUUCACGUAGAGGAGCUCCCCACUGUGGUGGUGCUGCGUCCCGACUGCUCCGUCCUCAUCCCCAAUGCAGUGGAGGAGAUAAUCCGCCUCGGCCCAGACUGUUACCAAAACUGGCACGAGGCAGCAGAACUUAUUGACAGGAACUUCCUCAUAACCGAAGACUUCCAGGACAAGUCCAUGCGCAGCUUCAGUGACCCCGUCAGAAGGCUGAAGUAUAAGGUGGAGGAUGAGAAGAAGAAAAACAAGGACAAAAAGCAAGCAUGCACCGAUGACAGGGAGGCAGAAGCAAACGAUAAAGAUGACGGCCGGUCCCUGUGGUGAUGCAGGCGAACUGGACUGAAGUGGUUCUGAUCAGGAGUUUCACCGUUUGUCACCGAGCCUCACAUGGUUACUCAAGUGUAAGUUUGUUUGGCCAAAGAAAGCAUGUAGGACAUGUAAUGCACUCAGCUAUCUGGAGUCAGCUACAGGUCACUCUUUAACCCUUUAACACGUGUCAAAGUCAAGGCCCGGGGGCCGGAUCCGGCCCUCCGGCAAUUCUAU